AUGGCGCCCGCAGCGCUCCUGUCGACGGCCAUCGUGCCCAUGGCCCGCGCCGAGUGCCGCCAGAGCCACCAGCGCCUGCGGGCCCCCCGAAUGGCCAUCAACAGCGCCGCCCUGGCCCCGCCAUCCCUGCGCAAUGUUUUCAUCGCCAGGAACCUUACCUGCGGUCUGCCGGCGGGCUGCGCGCGCGGCCGUGGGCUGCGGCUGGUGGUUCUGGCCGCCAAGAGAUCUGUGGGCGACCUUGGCGAGGUGGAACUCAAGGGGAAGAAGGUGUUGGUGCGGGCGGACCUCAAUGUGCCGCUGGAUGCCGACCUGAACAUCACGGACGACACGCGCGUCCGCGCGGCGGUGCCCACGCUGAAGUACCUCACGGACAACGGCGCCAAGGUUCUGCUCACGUCGCACUUGGGACGGCCAAAGGAAGGUCCUGAGGACAAGUUCCGUCUGAACCCCGUUGUUCCCCGGCUGUCUGAGCUGCUUGGAUUGUCAGUGACAAAGGUCGAUGACUGCAUUGGCAGUACAGUGGAGCAGGCAGCAGCAGCAAUGGCUGAUGGCAGCGUGCUACUGUUGGACAAUGUGCGUUUCUAUAAGGAGGAAACAAAGAACGACCCAAGCUUCUCAGAAAAGCUUGCCGCCAAUGCCGAUCUGUAUGUGAAUGAUGCCUUUGGAACUGCCCAUCGUGCCCAUUCCUCCACCGAAGGAGUGACCAAGUACCUUUCACCCUGUGUGGCGGGAUUUCUGCUCCAGAAGGAGCUGGACUACCUUGAUGGCGCAGUUUCCAAUCCCAACAGGCCCUUCUGUGCAAUUGUUGGGGGAUCCAAGGUGUCAACAAAGAUCACUGUCAUCGAGUCCCUCUUGUCAAAGGUGGACAAGAUCAUCCUUGGGGGAGGAAUGGUCUUUACAUUCUACAAGGCUCGGGGCAUGAGUGUUGGAGACUCUUUGGUUGAGGAGGACAAGCUGGACCUUGCUAGGGAUCUUGAGAAGAAGGCAGCAGACGCUGGAGUGGAAUUCAUUCUUCCCACCGAUGUUUGCAUUGCGAACAAGUUUGCUGCAGAUGCUGACUCACAAAAUGUGCAAGCCGAUGCUAUUCCCGAUGGCUGGAUGGGCUUGGAUGUCGGAACAGAAUCAAUUGACUUGAUCAAAAAGGCUCUUUCCGAUUGCAAGACUGUUGUAUGGAAUGGACCCAUGGGAGUCUUUGAAUUCGAGAAGUUUGCCAAGGGCACGACGGCUGUUGCUGAGUACUUGGCAGAGCUGACUGCUGGGGGCUGCACGACCAUCAUCGGCGGGGGCGACUCCGUCGCAGCCGUUGAGCAGGCUGGCCUGGGAACCAAGAUGAGCCACAUCUCCACAGGUGGUGGCGCUUCGUUGGAGCUGCUGGAGGGCAAGGUGCUCCCUGGCGUAGCUGCUCUUGAUGAAAGCUAG